UAAAAAUGUUUGCUCAAAAAUUCGUGCAGCCUUCAUGCAUGAUGUUGAACAGCAUCAGGAUCUCUUCCACUCUUGGAAGGAUGAUGUACUAUUCCCAAGCAAGGGCAUAUUCAAAUACUAAUGUAUUAUACUCAUUUAUCCAGACCCGCUUGAGAAAGGAGGCUUUCAAAAACUCAAUCUACCGACCCUUGGCGGCUAAUACCAUCAAUUCAAACGAUGGAGCUAGGAAGAAGAGAAAAAUUGUAGGAAGAGGAAAAGCAUCUGGCCAUGGGAAAAAUUGUGGUAAAGGACAUAAAGGACAGAACUCAAGAGCUGGAACGGGACAUACAAGUGCUGCCUUUAUUGGAGGGCAGAAUCCCCUCAACAAGAGGUUACCCAAAGUAGGUUUCAACAGAAAUGCACAUAAAGAACCACUUGAGAGAGUAAACAUCAGAGACAUCUUGUAUUAUAUUAGAAAAGGAAAAUUGGAUCCUACCAAGACUAUUACCAUUAAGGAUCUCUUUGAAUGUGGAGCUGUCUCAAAAAUUAAAUACGGAAUUAAAAUCCUCGGAAGAGGAGCUGAACAAUUAGACUCUUUUGAACAGCCACUUCAUUUUGAGGUCCAGGAUGCUUCUAUGAGUGCUAUCGAAGCUAUUCAGAGAAAUGGAGGAAGUGUUACAUCUGUUUAUUACACUCCAACUAUUAUUAGAAGAUUAUUGUGUCCUUAUAAGUUCAAAAUUCCUGAAGCUAAGAUUCCAAUGCCGCCUCCAAAGAAGGUCUUGAAGCUUGAAAAACUCAGGGAUAAAGGAAUCGAUGUAAGAUAUCCUAAAGCACCAUGGUAUGAACAAUAUCAACAAAAGCAGGAACAAGAGCUUGCUGAGUUUGAGGCAAGAGAAAAGACUGCUGGAGAAAAGAUUCUGCCACAAUACCCAGCAAGCAGAGAGCCAGGAGUCAGCAGAGGCACACCAAAGAUUGAAAGAGAGAUCAUUCCAAAGACAAUCAAACUUCCACUUGAUUUCGGAAGUUAA